UACAAAUUAGAGCAUGUGAAAUUAAUUCUCAAUAGCAACACUUUUGGAGAAUAGGGGUGGAAAGGAAAUUCCCUCACUCUUUCCAUCAUUCCUAAAAAAUCUUAUCUUAACCUGAUCUAAGUUGAUUUGUGUGAUGCUCUAAUCAGAAAAUGUACAAAGAUUAUUAUAUGCAUUCGGGUGCAUAUAAAAAUUAAAAAAAAAAGGGUCUUUUCCAACUCUUGCUAACCUUAAAAAAAUAAAAAAAUUUCAGGUAUAAAUAAAUAGAAAGGGAAGCAGAGUACAACAGCAAACGUAAUAGGCGCGAGCACUUCCCUCAAAAUCUCUCUCUUUCUUUCCUUGAGUUCCUUCUUCUCCAGCCAUACUCAAUUUUCUCUCUCCUUACGCUUAAUUACUACCUAAUUUAAUCACUCAUUCUUGCUUAAUUUCAUUACUCAUUUUUUUUUCUCUCUUUCAAAAAAUGUCGAAUUUAUCCUAAAUUUCAGUAUCCUGCUCUACAAUAUCCUUGAUUUUUCUGCCGCUUUAAGUGUAAUAAUCUUCCCAGGAUGGUGGCCUUUGGGAAAAAGCUUAAAGAAACUCAAAUUGAAGAAUGGCAGGGGUACUAUAUUAACUACAAGAUUCUAAAGAAGAAGGUCAAUCAAUAUUCUCGACAAAUUGAGAAUGGGUCGGGUGAUCAUCUUCUGGUUCUGAAGGAUUUUUCGUUUAUGCUGGAUAAUCAGCUUGAGAAGAUUGUCUUGUUCAUGCUAGAGCAACAAGGCCUACUUGCAAAGAGGUUGUCUGCUCUCAGGGAACAGCAAGACACUGCAUUUCAGCAGGGAACCAUUCUUGAUGUGUCUGAAGUACGAGAAGCAUAUCGUGCUGUGGGACAAGACCUGUUGAGGCUUCUCUUCUUUGUUGAAAUGAAUGCUAUAGGUCUGCGGAAGAUCUUAAAAAAAUUUGAUAAACGCUUGGGCUAUGGCUUCACCAAUUAUUAUGUCAAAACUCGAGCUAAUCAUCCCUAUUCACAGCUGCAACAAAUAUUCAAGCAUGUGGGCUUUGGGGCUGUUGUGGGAGCCAUAUCCCGCAAUCUUGCAGAUCUUCAGGACAACGAAGGAAGCUAUGUAUCAAUAUAUGACCAACCAAUUCUUCAUCUCCAGGAUCCUGUUGUGACUUCCAUUCGAGCAGCUGUAGAUAGGCUGACAAAUUCAACAAAUUUCCUUAAUUUCAUGGGGAAGCAUGCCAUGAUAAUGCAAGAAGAUCUACCAAGCCCAUCUCAGGAUGAUGUUGGUGAUCAGGCAUUUGAUUUAAUGUCCCUUUUGUUAAACUUGAUGAACACAUUCCUAUACAUGGUCAAUACAUACAUUAUUGUCCCCACAGCCGACAGUUAUUCUCUAAGCCUUGGUGCUGCAGCAACUGUUUGUGGGGCAGUGAUUGGAUCAAUGGCUGUUGCCCAAAUGUUCUCUUCGGUUUACCUCAGUGCAUGGUCAAAUAAAUCAUAUAAGAAGCCCCUUGUGUUUAGCAGUGUUCUUCUCCUUGUUGGAAAUGUCCUGUAUGCACUGGCUUAUGACCUUGACUCAAUAUCAGUACUUCUCAUAGGCCGUGUCUUCUGUGGGUUGGGUUCUGCUAGGGCUGUAAAUAGGCGUUACAUUAGUGAUUGUGUGCCACCAAAAUUACGGAUGAAGGCAUCUGCAGGUUUUGUUACUGCCAGUGCACUUGGGAUGGCUUGUGGUCCUGCUCUUGCUUGUUUAUUCCAAGCCAAAUUCAAAUUGUUCAAACUAACUUUCAAUGAUGACACUUUACCUGGAUGGUUUAUGGCGCUGGCAUGGCUUGUUUACCUAUUGUGUCUUUGCAUAUCAUUUAAAGAACCUCCCCAGCCUGAAUGCAACAUUGUACCUCAGGAAUCGAAUCGUGAUACAAAAGGAAACAGGACACAUAACGCAAUGGAGAAUGGUUUGGAGCAACCAUUGCUUAAAAGCUCAGAGGAAAAACAACAGGAUGAUGAUGACGAAGAAGGUCAAGACUUUGACCAAUGUGAUGAAGAUUCUGAUGAAAGCCAUAAACCUGCCACCUCAAUUGUAGCAGCUUAUAGACUACUGACGCCUUCUGUCAAGGCUCAACUUCUGAUUUAUUUCAUGCUCAAAUAUGCGAUGGAGAUACUACUAGCAGAAUCAAGCGUCAUUACAGGAUACUACUUUAUGUGGUCUACCCAAUAUGUGGCACUUUUUCUUGCAUGUCUUGGGCUAACAGUUCUCCCAGUCAAUGUUCUAGUUGGAAACUACAUCAGCAAUAUGUUUGAGGAAAGGCAAGUUUUGUUGGCAUCCGAGAUCAUUGUUUGCAUAGGCAUUGUCCUAAGCUUCAAGGUUGGAAUACCUUAUACAGUUCCACAGUAUGUCAUCUCAGCAGUCCUCACAUUUGUAUCUGCUGAAGUACUCGAAGGUGUCAAUCUAUCACUUUUGUCUCGAGUCAUGUCAUCGAGGUUAGCUCGUGGGACCUACAAUGGUGGACUGCUUUCUACAGAAGCAGGGACCCUAGCUCGAGUAGUUGCUGAUGGUACGAUAACUUUGGCUGGGUUAUGGGGUGAAAGCAAGCUUUUGAAUCUUACUCUAUUCCCUUCUCUUCUGAUAUGUAUCUCCUCAAUCAUAGCUACCUGCCUCACAUAUAAUUCUAUGUACUAAGUCCCAAAAGAAAGUUUACCUCAUGUAUGCAAGGAAAUUGUACAGCUUAUAUGGUCAUAGUGAGUCGAUAAUUGAGUUGAUUAGGGAGUAA